UAAACACAUAUGGCAGCAACCACAACCAACAGAUUAUUAUGCUAUAUUCACCAACCGGCAAGUCUCGUCAUCGGAAUCUCCCAUUCUCCUACUCGUCAUCAAAAUCCCCCUUAUAGCUUUUGUGACCUAUUGGUUCCAUUUACGUUCCAUCGUCACGCAUUUUUUGAAUCAUUAUUAUCGUUGGCAAAGGCCUCGAACUUUCAUUUAUAAAGCAAAAACAAGUUUGGAUCGGCAUUAGUUGAAGUUGACUCUUCGUAGCUGAAUUAUUAAAUUCCAAUUCUUUUAGUGUAUUAUGUUUCUCUUAGAUUUUCUUAAACCCAAACCAACAAACAUGGAUUUCUACUACAUGCCCGGAUCCUCUCCAUGCCGUGCAGCUCUCAUGACUGCCAAGGCUGUCGGUGUUGAGCUAAAUCUUAAAGGAUUGAAUCUAAUGGCUGGUGAACAUUUAAAGCCAGAAUACCUCAAGAUCAACCCACAACACACAAUUCCUACAUUGGUGGAUAAUGGAUUUACUCUCUGGGAAUCUCGCGCUAUCAUGGUCUAUCUAGUAGAGAAAUAUGGAAAAUGUGAUUCCUUGUUACCAAAAUGCACCAAAAAGCGUGCUGUCGUCCAUCAACGUUUGUACUUUGAUAUGGGAACACUUUACCAACGAUUCGCUGAUUACUACUUCCCACAAAUUUUCGCCAAAGCACCUGCAGAUCCUAUGAAAUUCCAGAAAAUGGAAGAUGCUUUUAGUUUCUUUAAUACAUUCCUCGAGGGUCAAAAAUAUGCUGUUGGUGAUAGUUUUACUUUGGCCGAUAUUGCAUUGGUUGCCACUGUUUCCACCUAUGAAGCUGCCAAAUUCGAUAUCAACAAGUAUCCAAAUGUUGCCAGGUGGUACAAACAUUGCAAGACUGUCACACCCGGAAUCGAAAUCAAUGAAUCAGGAAUUGAGCAUUUCAAAAAAUUCUUUGAAUAGAUUCGUUAAAUUGUGUACCUACUGUUUAAUGUUGUGAAUGAACUUGAUGUGUUGAUUUUUUUUUUUUU